AUGACGGUGGCGGUGGCGGUGGCUGUCCUGCUCAGGCAGGUGGUCAGGGAGCACGGUCCCGAGGGUGAUGCCCACAGCACAGCCUGGGGGGGGGGGGCAGAGGGCGUCCUGGCCACAGGGAGCUCAUCCCUGCCUGCCGAGGUGCGUGGACCCUGGGAUUGCGCACCUGCCCGGGGCUUCGGCCUCCUGGGCUUGCAGCCGUCGGGGGUCGCCCGUCGGGGUCGUUCCGAGCCGGAGGGGGAGCGCGUGGCCUCGGAGAAGCCCCCGCGAGGUCGCGCCCCCGCCCUGGGCGCGAGCUGGACCCCGUUUGCCGGGCUCCGGCCCCGCCCCUGCGCAGCCAACGGCGCAGCCCGCCCCGCCCGCAGCCCCGCGCGCACCCGCACCCACUCGCGCCGCAGGUGCCGCGCACUGCGGGGACCCUCAGAGGGAGAGUCGGCCCGGGAGCGCGGGGAGGGCCCGGGGUGCUAUGAGGGGUGCCGGGUGCGGGUCCCACUGCUGUGGACACGAAGCUAUUGCAAUUGCGGGGGCCCCAAGGAGGGAUGUCCCCGAGGAAGGACUGAGAUUGUCCGAGGAGCAAAGGCAGACCCUGGACGGCGGGAGUGGCUGCGAGUGAGGGGUCCGCAGCCUCACAGUUGUGCACAAGCGUCAGCCAUGCCAGCCGUCUGCGCCGUGUUCGUGGUUAUAUAGAAUUCUGCUGAGCAGGAACCAACCUUCCCGAUUUACGGAGGAGGCCACCGAGGCUCAGAGAAGAUCCCGGCUGCGAGGCCCCGUGGUUAACAAGCAGGAAACAGCCUUCCCUGUUCUGGAGCCCGGGGAACCUCCCUCGUCCCCGCUGAUGGCAUUUACUCGCUGCUGCACCGACACUUAGUGGGCGCGUCUCCUUAGCAAGCAGGAGCUUCUUGAAGAGAUGAGCAUGUUAGCAAACCAUCAUAAAGUACACCGUUGCAUUUGUUAUUUAACUUUCAUACGCCUCGAAACAACCCUCUCCACUAACUCACGGGAUGGGUCUGAAGCAAAAAUUGACAAGGGAAGUAUGAGCCCGUAGCUGAGCACGUGGAUUCUGCAGCUUGACUUUUGAGGCCCAAACCCUGGUUCUGUCACCUCCUUGCUCUGUGAUCUUAGGUAGCUUAGCAUCUCUCUGCCUUUGUUUCUCUAUCUGUAAAAUGGGCUUAAUCAUAGUACUUACUUGCAAGGCUGUGUGAGGAUUAAUUGAGUCAAUAUUGAUAAAACAUUCAGAAACUGGCAUCA